AUGAAUGCGUUGAAAGUACCACUGAACUUUUCUCUGAUGCUUUCAGAGUCAUCGUUUUACUCCACGAACAAUUUCACAUUAACCAAGAAACCAGAUUUGAUUCCUGGUAUUCCUGAUGGAAUCACAGCAUUGAUUGCUCCAAUUAUUGCUUACUGGACUUAUUCUAUGUUUUUCCAUAUUAUUGAUGUUUACGAAUUAGCCGAGAAAUAUAGAAUUCACCCUAGUGAAGAUGAAUUGAAAAGAAACAAAGUCACAUUACAUGAAGUUGUCAGAGAUGUUAUAUUACAACACGUUAUUCAAACUUUUGUUGGGCUUGUUGUUUUCUAUUUUGACCCUACACCCAUGACUGGUUAUGAGUAUUACACAAUGUGGCAGCUUAAACAUCAUUAUUUGCCGAAAUUUGUACCUGACCUGGUGGUUUAUUAUGGAUAUAUGUAUGGGUGGUCACUCUUCAGAUUGUGCAUUGCAAUUACAAUCAUUGAUACUUGGCAGUUUUGGCUUCAUCGUCUUAUGCACGUAAACAAGACUUUGUACAGGCGGUUCCACUCACGUCAUCACAGAUUAUACGUGCCAUAUGCAUUUGGUGCUCUAUACAAUGAUCCACUCGAGGGAUUUUUGUUGGACACAUUGGGAACUGGUGUUGCAUCAUUGACAACCGGAUUGAGUCCAAGAGAAAGUAUUAUUUUAUACACUUUUGCCACAUUAAAGACUGUGGAUGACCAUUGUGGAUAUAAAUUACCAUGGGACAUAUUCCAAAUCGUUUUUCCAAAUAAUUCAGUAUACCAUGACAUUCAUCACCAAAUUUGGGGAAUAAAGAACAAUUUCUCGCAACCAUUUUUCACUUUCUGGGAUACCUUCAACAAGACGCGAUAUGAAUUUGUUGAAGAGUAUAAGGAAUUGCAAAAUCACAUCACCUUGGAGAAAUAUAAAGAAUUUUUGGCUAGAAAAUCUAGAAGGGGCCCAGCAAAUAAACAAGAGAAGGACAAUUUACGAGAAGAAGCUGAAAUUACAAAGGAGACAGUGGAAGAAAAUAAAAAAACCAUUUAA